CAAAGCUCCUGCCUCCGAUCUUGGCUUGAACAGGAUACCUCCUGUCCAACCUGCAGAAUGUCUCUGAAUAUUGCUGAUAAUAAUCGAAUCAGAGAAGAUCAGCAAGGAGAGAACUUGGAUGAGAAUUUGGUGCCUGUGGCAGCAGCUGAAGGCCGACCUCACCUAAACCAGCAUAACCACUUCUUCCACUUUGAUGGUUCCCGGAUUGCUAGCUGGCUGCCCAGUGUUUCAGUGGAAGUGAUGCAUACCACCAAUAUCCUUGACAUUACUCAAACAAGUAACUCUCAACUUAAUGCAAUGGCUCAUCAGAUUCAAGAAAUGUUUCCCCAGGUUCCAUACCACCUGGUUCUACAGGAUUUACAACUGACACGUUCAGUUGAAAUAACAACAGAAAGUAUUUUAGAGGGUCGAAUUCAAGUACCUUUCCCUGCACAGCGUCCAGACAGCCUUAGACCUGCAUUGAAUAACUCUGCAGAAAGGUCAAAUGGUGACCAAGAAGAGAACAAAAUCUCUGCCCAGGUUGAGCGUGGGCCCCUUGACCUAAGUCCCAGGUUGGAGGAGAUGCCAGACUUGAGUGAGGUAGAAGCUGAGCCCAAUGAGGUAGAGGACUUUGAAGCCCGAGGGAGCCGCUUCUCCAAGUCAGCUGAUGAAUGCCAGCGAAUGUUAGUACAGUGGAAGGAUGAUUUGCUGCAGCAAGCUAGAAAACGUUACUUAAACAAAACUUCUGAUGAUGACUCAGCCUCAGAAAGCUGUCUACUCUCUGAGAGCCCAUCCUCUGAUCCUGUGACCCAAAGCCGUAGGAUGUUGGCUGGUACUGCUGAACGAAGACUUCAGAUGCAGCAGAACUCCUAGCGUUCUCUUUUGCCCUCCUCUGCCACCUCCUCAUGAGAAGUGUGCUGAGCUGCUGUACUUCAUCCCAGCAGGAAGAGGCCUUUCCCUGUUCUGCCAGCUAUGUGGAGGAGUGGGCAUGACUGCAUUGCCACUGUAUUAAGCAUGUGGUCUUACUAGUGUUUGGACAGCUGACAAAUUUAAUCUUUUUUUGUAAUAUUUUCUAUGUGAUACUUCUCCAGUUCCUUUGCCCUCUCUGGAAAAAAAAAGCCAAUUUUAAU